AUGACAUACAUCAACAUUGAUGAGAGACAGGAGCAGUGUCGAGUAAUUUUGAGCUGCCAGAGUAAUCAGCUCUAUGCACAACAUGGCUUAAAGGAUUUUUCAGUUAGCAGCAUGCAUCCACUGAAGAACUUAGACACUCGGAUUUUUGCUGGGGACUUUAAUCCUGUAGGCAAAGCAGACUGCAAUACAGAGACACAUCUCUAUCGGAGUGUAGAUAAUCUACAUUGGGCCUCAGUAGCUGAUUCAAGUUGCCAUCCCCACUGUGGGGACAUAGACAAUGACCUUGUUUUCCAUUACAAAGGCACAACACAUUGGUCCAAGUGUUCCAUGGAAGGUGGCUUAGCCCCCAGUUCACCUGAAAGUUGCCAGCACUUUCCUUUUCCAUCUGAGCAAAUACCACCAUCAGCACAACACAUAGCCCUUUCCCCUCGUGCCAAAGUGCCUCCAUGGCUUUUCUCCUCAUCGAUGGAUGGAGGUGCCAAAAAAAACUUAAAGGAAAAACUUAGGAUCCACAGUACUAAAACUGCAGAGAUUUGCAAGCCUCUCAGACCGCAGGCUUCCUUGAAUGAUCUGGUUGCAAUGCAACAUGCUACCCUUGCUCAUGGACCAUGGAUGGCACUGGGGAGGCAUCACCCUUGUUUUUCUCGAAGGCUGACCAAUCCAGAAGACAUCAAACAAGAAGCUCAGAGAAGGCUGCAGAUCAGAAGACAGAACAGCUCACCCAACUUAGCUCUCCAUUGUGCCAAUGAAGUACAAGAGAUGGUCAAAUCCCAAACCACUGGAUCCCUAAAAGAGUGCAAGGGGGAAGGGGACACCAAAAGGACGCUGGAACUGAGCAGGAAAGGAGACUGCAAAGAGAGGCUGUACAUACCCACUUUUGAAGAGUUCAAGAGGAUGAGAAUCAAGGAAAUGUGUCUUCAAAAUGGUAACAAUGAAGACUCAAAAGACUUGAAGGAAGGGACCCAAAAGUUAGAAGAAAAGAGAAACCAGAACCUUUGUGUAAGUGCCCAACAGGAUCUUGCCAAAGAAAUGGUUUCAGCCAUAGAUGAUUAUGAUGAUGUGUUUCAUGAAAAUAUACAAAACGCUUCUGGCUUGGAUGGCUAUCAAGAUUCUUCAUCCACAUGGGACAGGAGCUUCUGCCUGAUGAAUAUGCCAUUGGCAAGGGACAGCAACAGUGAGGUGCCAAGUUCCAACAGGAUCCCAGACCCCAUUUGUUCCAGCCCAAUUCCAAGAUCACCUUUACAAUCUGCCAGUGGUCCUACGGAGGGAAAAAACGGUUUUGCUGAAGGGGACAAGCAGGAAUUGGAGACAAGACAACUGAGUGAAGUACUUCACCAUGCUGGACAGUCCCUUGUGUCUGAAACACAAUCUUCUUGCUGCCCACUGCUAUUGGAAGCAACAGAUAUAUCCAGCUAUGGAGCUAAAUUACAGAAAAUGAAGGAUGAAUUUAUAGGUUCUGCACUGGACCUCAUUAAGAAGAGCUGCAGUGCUGAAACUGCCACAAAGUCCCCAUCCAAAGGACCAAGUGAACUUGAGAAGGCUGAUGUCACUUUUCUAGAGGACCAUCAUCAAUCCACAAACUCCAGCCCCAGCUACCGCAGAUCCAGUUCUGACAUUUCCCAUGAAACUCCAGACUGCUCUAAAGCUCAGCGGGAGUGUCGAUUACGGCCCCAUUUCAGUGACCCGAUGCCGACAGAUGCUGUGAAGAGGAAACAACUGGAGCUGAAGAUAGCAGCGGCUGCACGGCAGCAUGCUCAGAAGCGCCCUGCAAUGUCAAAAGCCAACAUCAACCAUGGCAACAGCUUUGACGAGAACCGGCGUGGUCUGGGUGGCUCUCUUCGUUCCAAGCACCGCUGGAGCAACGUCAGCAGCCUCAGCGCUGACAGUGGCAUUGUGGGUGGGAACGAUGAGAGGGACAAUGCUGAUGCCAGCAAUGGAGGGGCGCCAAGGAUGAGAUCAUCUGAGAUGGAGAGGGCGGACAGUGGCAUCAGCCAAGUGCUGACUAGGAAAUGGAGGAAUCGAACAUCUGAAACGCUGACUUCCCUACAAGUGUGGGAAGCCCACCAGCCUUGCACCGACUGUGGGGGGAGAGAUUUCCCUCUGGAAACUGAUGUUCAGAACCAGAAUAAGAGGCGGGCCAACCUCUGUGAAAAGUGCCUGAAAUGCAGGACAGAGCGGAAGGAGUCCGUGCUAGAGUUUGUCAAUACCGAAGCCAGUUAUGGGGAGGACCUGCGCAUCAUCAAAGAGGAAUUCUACCUCCCCAUGCAAGCCGCUGGACUCCUGACACAGGACCAGCUGCUGGUGGUUUUUAGCAACAUCCAGGAGCUGAUUGAUCUCAAUGAAAACUUCCUGGAGUACCUGCAGGAAGAAAUUGACCAAGCUUUUGAGCAGGGUGAUAAUGACCUGAUGACUGUGUGCAUUGGUGAAAUAUUCCUGGAGUUUGUCAACAUGCUGCCUGCUUUCCAAACCUAUUGUCUCCAGCAGUCUUCUUCAGUGAACAUGCUUAAUGCAUUGGAGAAAGAGAAGGAGCUACUCAGGAUAUUCCUCAAUGUUUCUCAGAAUGACAACACGGCACUUCGCCGCAUGAAUCUGCGGUCUUUCCUCAUGGCUCCCCUACAGAGAGUCACAAAAUACCCACUUCUGUUGAGCCGCAUCAUCAAAGCCACCAUUGAGUACCACCCAGAUUACAGCAGCCUAAGAGAAGCCAAGAGCCGCAUUGAGUCGCACCUGGAGCACAUUAACAUGAAAACUAAGCAGGAAGGAAACUCAUGGACGCUGCGUUCAUUCCGCCAGGACAGCAAGAAGAACAGGGAAGUAAUAAACAUUGAAAUGAGGGAAACUGCCAUUAAGACUGUGGGCUGGUUACGGGAAGAAACACGCUUUGUUAUGGAAGGACCUCUGCAGCUUGCCCAGCCGCCUGAUGGACAGUGGGUAAAAAAGGGCAGCAAGACUUUAAAGUUCCAGAACAUGCAAGUACUCCUCAUGGUGAACAUCAGACGUACAUCCGAAUCUAGCUUUGAGCCUGGGGAGCCAGGGCCUGUAAAAGAUGCUGUACUGGUACUAAUUAGGGACAAAAACAAUGGUAAGUUUAGUUUGCUCAGGGAACCCUUGAGACUCAGUAAUUGUGUGGUCUCUGUGGAUCCCGACUGCGAUGAUACAUUUGAACUUCUUGAAAUCCGGCGGGAGUCUUUUGUGUUCCGAGAUGGAGACAAAGCCCGGACUCACCACUGGUUUAGACAGAUACGGAGGUACUCACGGGAGCUGGGAUCAUGGAAGAAGCGCCGUAAUGCCCUACCCAACAUCAUGAUAAGUGCAUCCCACAGUAGAUCUUGA